AUGCCCGAUUACAUAGUAGACCAAGAAACCCCAUUACCACAGUUACCAGCGGCUUUUAGCGGUAAUAAUGGCCCAGCGGAGACUGAGAUUGAGACCGAGAUCUACCCACUACUGUCUAAUACUCGCAGCGUGCUCCUGGUUGCUGUUCUAUCAAGCGCUGGACUUCUCACAAUCCUUAAUGUACAAUCUAUCACCAUCAUGUUGCCCUCGCUAGGCGACGCAUUGAGGAUCCCCCCGGAGAGCCAGCAGCUGGUCAUUUCAAUCUACAGCAUUGCCUCGGGCUCGCUAAUGCUACUCUGGGGUCGUCUAGCUGAUACCUACGGACGACGGCUAGUGUUCCUGACUGGCUCCACGCUCUUCACACUAUCCACUCUGUUCCUGCCAUUUUCCGCCCAUGAGAUUCCUUUUUACAUCCUCCGGGUUAUCCAGGGCUUGAGCGGAUCUGCAAUGAUGCCGUCUGCCAUCGGUAUAGUAGCCAGCAUCUUCCCUCCCGGUAAGGCGAGGACCAGGGCGUACGUGACAGCGACAGCCGUCGCCUCCCUUGGGUCCGUACUUGGUAGCAUCUUCGGGGGCUUGGUUGGGAGUUUUCUUUCGUGGAAAUGGGUCUUUUGGAUUCCCGCCAUAAUCGCUGCUGUCACGACAGUUGCUGCGUUUUUGAUCACUGCCAUCCCGGCCAUCCGGGUCAAUGCUGGCAAAAUACCUGGAGAUAAUGAGAGUGUAGACUGGAUAGGAGCCGCGCUGAUAUCAUUUAGCCUGGUGUUGCUCCUUAUAUCCCUUACUCAAGGAGAUUCUCUUGGAUGGGGGACACGCUGGGUGCCGCCGCUCAUCGUGGUGGCCAUCCUUGGUUUAUUCGCCUUCGUGCUCUUUAAAUACUUCCUUGAAAGUCGCCGAAACAACCGCCAGCCUCUGUUGAGAAUUUCUAUGUUCAGGAAUCCUCAGUUCUCGGCACUCUUCAUCCUCGUUGGUAUGUUCUACGCCGCUUACAACAGCUUCUUGGUCUUCGGUACCUAUUUGAUUAUCUCGGCCGCAGCGUUGCAGACGGCCCUUCGAUUUCUGCCUUCUGGUAUCACUGGAAUUAUUGUGUCAUUCAUUGUAUCGCCGGCCCUGCACCACAUCCAAGGCUUCUACGUCCUCCUCUUUGGUUUGUUUUGUGGCCUGGGCUCCCCUCUUCUAUUUGCCAUUCCAGCCAUUCCUCCAGACACAACGUACUGGGCCUGGAGUUUUCCGGCAAUGUGCCUUUGUCUCAGCGUUGAGGUAGUAUGGCCCGUGGUCGGGCUGCUGAUCGCCAAAAAGCUCCCUCAACAGGAUCAGGCUCUCGGGGCAGGACUGCUGCAGACCGUCAGUCAGAUCAGUCGCUCAUUGGGUCUAGCCGUUUCUACAGCUGUGCAGACGGCUGUACAAGGAGCAGCAUCAAAGAAUAAUACUCAGUCUAGGAAUCGUGAUUACUUGUGCGGACUCCGCGCCGCGCAGUGGAUGAAUGUGGCAUGCGUGGCCGUUUCCACCAUAAUAGCCGUGGUAUUCCUUCGAAAACUUGGACGUAACUAA